AUGAAACUGACGUUGGUGCAAAUCUUUUUCAUGAUGCUGCUACUGCUGUUGGGCCUGGGGAUGGGCCUGGGCCUGGGUCUUCGCAUGGCUGCAGCAGUCUUAGAGGAUAGCUAUCAGCCACUGAAUGAGUUUUGGGCCAGUGACUCCCAGGACAAAGCUGAAGCUGCAGAGGAGGGAAUGGGUAGCCGAACUGCAGAAACUCUGGUGGUUAGCAACCAAGGAGUAGCACAACCUGCUUGGCAAUUAGAAGACACCAUCUUCAAUGAAGAUGAGGUUGAGAACCACAAGAUGCUCAGGGUUGAUGCUCUUUUUCAGAACAGCAAAGACUACCUUAGGAAUAACCUGAUCUCCAGGGAUUGCAAUGCCAUGAUGGCUCACAAGAUGAAGACACACAACCAAACCUGCAUAAACCAGUACACGUUCAUCCAUGAGGAUGAAGAAACAGUCAAGGCUGUCUGUGACACUCCAGUCAUUGCCUGUGAGCUCAAAGGGGGCAAAUGUCACAAGAGUUCCUACCCCUUCCAAUUGACACUCUGCAAGUUGUCCCAACCAGGUCAAAUCACUCCUCACUGCAACUACCUAACUUUCAUUCUUGAAAAGUUCAUCAUUAUAACCUGUAAUGACACCAAGUUCCACUUGUCCCCUGGACAGUAA